AACUGGGACCAACUGGUCUGGACCGGGACCCACCGGGACUCGUGGGGCUGUGCUGGGCCACGCUGGGAUUGGCUGGGACGCACUGGGGCUCACCAGGAUUGACUGGGACCCAAUCGGUGACACAGGGCCAAACUGGGAUUGACUGAGAUGGGCCCCGGCGGGCCCGGCCGAGCCCCACUGGGAUUGACUGGGAUUGACUGGGAUUGACUGGGAUUGCCCAGCGGGACCGGCUCCUCCCCAUGUGUCCCCUCCGAUCCCCUAGAAUUCCGGGAUCACCCAUCCCCAUUUCCUCUCCCCCAGCCCCUUUGUCACCCCCCAUUCCCCAUCCAGCCCCCCUGGAAUUCCAAACCGCUGAUCCCCUCCACUCCCCGCGCCCCAGUUCAAUCACUCCCAGCCCGACUGAGUUCCCUGGGCGCUGAUUCCCCAUCUUCCCCAGCCCAAUGGCGUUCCCAGAACCCUGACCCUGCUCUGACCCCCGGAUUUUCCCCAUUUCCCCCUCCUCAGCCCGAUGGAGUUCCCUGAGCACAGCCGGCAGCUGCUGCGGGGGCUGCGGGAGCAGCGCUCCCGGGGGAUCCUGUGCGACUGCACGGUGCUGGUGGGCACCGCGCCCUUCCCCGCGCACCGCGCCGUGCUGGCCGCCUGCAGCUCCUUCUUCCACCUGUGCUACGCCGAGCCGGGCGGCGCGGGAGGAGCCCGGGGAGCCGUGGUGGCCCUGAACAGCGACAUCGUCACCGCGCCGGCCUUCGCGCUGCUGCUGGAGUUCAUGUACGAGGGGCGGCUGGCGCUGGCGGCCCCGCUGGAGGACGUGCUGGCCGCCGCCAGUUACCUGCACAUGAACGACGUGGUCAAGCUGUGCAAGAAGAAGCUGCAGGCGCGGGGCCCGGCCGAAGCCGACAGCACCAAGCGAGAGGAGGACGCCGCCAGCCCGGCCCCGCCGCCGCCGCCUCAGCCCCCGCAGCCCCCGCUGGGCGACGCGGGGACGCCGCCGGAGCCGCCGCUGGUGGACGCGGCCGACACCACCCAGCCCGGGGUGGGGGGCGAGAGACCCCCGCCCAGCCCCAGCAGCUCCAGCGAGGCCGCGCCGGGGCCCGGAGCCGCUCCCCCCUCCUCGGUCGGGGGUCCCUGGGCCGCGCCCCCCGCCCCGGCCGCUGCCAUCAAGGCCGAGGCCAUCCCCCGCGGGGGCUUCGGGCUGUUCGCCGAGGAGGCCCCGACGUGUCCCACCUGCGGGAAGACGUUCUCGUGCUCGUACACGCUGCGGCGCCACGCCACGGUGCACACCCGCGAGCGGCCCUACGAGUGCCGCCACUGCCUGCGCUCCUACACGCAGUCCGGGGACCUGUACCGGCACGUCCGCAAGGCCCACAGCCACGGCGGGCCCGCCCGCGGGCCCCGCGACCCCGCCCGCGACGGCGACAACCCGCCCUGA